CGGGUCUCCUCCGGGGCUUGCCACACGCCCAACAGUCUCUCAGCAGAUGCGGGAUAAAGAUGGCUUGAGGCGCAGACACAGACAGGGCUGCUGGACACUUCUCACCGCUCUUCAGGGCUCGAGGGAGGAAGAAAGCUACAGGAAGAGGAAGCAGAAGGCAUUUUGAAGAUGAACAUUCAGUCAGCCAUCAGCCGUGAGAUCUUUGUCCCAAGAGAUGAAAAGUUACUGGUAGCCAUUGAGGUGAGGAGGAGGACGAAGAGGAAAGGACUGUCCUUCCUCAAAGCAGGUGGCAAGAGGGACUACUUAACCUACCUCUGCCUGUCAGUUACUAACAGCAGGCCAGCUCAAGUCCUCAUCACUAAAGUUAAGAGGUAUCGAGGCACAAGACAGCUUACUAAAAGGUCUCAGUGGUCCGUGGAGCAGCUGCGGCAGGUCAAUGGCAUCAACCCCGAUAAGGACACUCCUGAGUUCGACCUAGUGUUCGACCGCACCACCGAUCAAUGGGUGGCCAGCUCAGCUGCAGAGAAAUGCAUGUUUGUGCAGGUUCUGUACCAUGCUAGUCAAAACUACUGGGAGGCCAAGCUUGCCCAAGCCAACCCAGCAUCCCCUGCAGACCAGAAGACACCAGGAGCUCCGGAGAACAAGAAGAGCCCUGGAGCUUCAAGCCAAACUAGCUUUGUCAACUGUCAGCAGAAGCUAAUGGGAGAUGCUUGUUCUGUUAAUAUGGUUAUCUACCGCUGCAAGAUUUUUUUGAACAGAAUGAAGAACAGUAUGACAGCAAACCAGGGUCGGUCUCAGCGAGAAGCAGCAGCCGUUAAAGCAUCCAGGAGCAGGAGCAGGAGCAGCCCGUCUCCUCCGGCGGUGAGGAAGAUGGGGAACGUAAUGCGGAGGGCCAGUCAGGUUCUGAGUGAACGCGGGGAGCGUCUGAUGAGGGCCGAUGAUAAAACCAGCCACAUGCUGCACGGGGCCAAGCAGUUUGCGGAAGCUGCGCAGAAGCUGGCUCUGAAGCAGAUUUAGAGGUGUUCCUGAAGGCCUGUAAAUACACAUUUUAAAAAGAAGCUCUUAAUCAUCUGGUCGCUGGAUAUUUUGAAAAUGUAACUUCUCAUCUAAUUCAGAUGCUGUUUUUGAGUGCGAGGCAUUUUGUUCAGCUUCCUCUUCACCUGCGGAUUGGACUCAUAUGUAUUUUGUUUUUCUUAAUGUAUUUUUGCAAGCCAUUGAGCAUUUUAAGCAGUUGUGUUGUGCUGUGGCCAGAUCUGUUUAUUUUGCCCUUUCUACAGUAAGCACAGUAUAAUAUAGCAGCAGGUGGCUGAUCCUCUUCUGCUGAGAUAUGUAAUGAAACUGUUUGUUUUGCGGUUAUUUUUCUUGAAAUGAAAGGGGUAUAGCUGCACUUGUGUUGACUAAUGAUUAAAAAUCUUUUUGCAUUGUUGUACUGCAAGCUGCAGCAUUUCAGAUUAUAAUAUUGCAUUUUAUUUUUAUUUUUUUUACAUGUAUCGACACAUUGUGAAGUGGCAUUUUUAAGGGUUAGGGUUACUUUUGGGUGAUAUUUCUGUGAGUUUAGCACUUCAGCUUAUUGGAUGCACCAUUUCUUUUCCAUUAACAAUAUAGCAAUUAUAUAUAUAUAUAUAUAUAUAUAUAUAUAUAUAUAUAUAUAUACAGUGUGUGUCUGUAGUAUGUAUAUAUAGGGUUGGGUAUCAUUUGAAUUUGAUCAAUCCCAAUUUUGAUUCUGAUUCUUAUCGAUUCCCAGUUUCGAAUCCCAAUGUGCUUAAAAAAAGUCAAACAUUUAGAUGUGUCUCUUUGUAGCAAAACAUUUAAUUGCUGUUGAAUACCAUGAACAAAAAUCAGCCAGCUACAUAAAAACUGGACUUGAUUAAGAGCUGUUUGUGUGCAAAAUAGAGCUUCACGAUUCUGGAUAAUUUAUUUUAUUAUUAUUAUUUAUUUAUUUUUUUAAAUGAAGGUUGUAGUUCUCUCACAAUUCUGAAGAAAAAAUAUUAGAUAACUAAACAAAAUCUCAUGGAAUUUAUGAAUGGAAUGAUUCAGUGACACACUCAAGAUUGGCUUGUAUCAUUACUGGAUGAAUCAAUGUUUAUAUAUAUAUAUAUAUAUAUAUAUACACACAGACACACACACACACACAUAUAUAUUUUAACAUAACUGAAAGUUUAAUGACAUUACUUAUUUAAUAUUUUACAUAUUUAAUGGGGGUUCAGAUUAUGAUUGCCUACAUGAUAAUGGUUAAUUUAACAGUGGUAAUUUACUUCAGUUGAUAUAACACAUAGAGAUACUCGUGAAUGGCUGUACGUCCCUCUGAUGUUUAGUUCUGAUCACAUGAGAAAGCUGCUUUAUCUGCUUUUUAGAUUAAGUUCCUUAAAGAUGCUACAAGCUGUUUUGUUUCAUUGUGAACACAGUAUUUAUUUGAAUGUGAUCUGUGUGUGAAUAACACACUUGUUCUUAUGUCAAUGCUGUCUUCGUCUCCUGACUCUGUGUAAUGUGAUAACAGUCAGCUUUGUUUGUGUGAUUGUGAUCAGCAGUAGCAGGAGCUGCGUGUCAUGAGAGGCCAGAGGGUGUUUUCCGCAUGGAGUCGGACUCCCUGUUUGGUGUUUGGCAUGUGCAAUGCAUCCUGUUUUCUGCUGUUGUCCUUAUGCUGUUAUUUUGUUGUGUCCUAGGCGGCCUAUGUGUUAUAGCCUAUUGCUUUUGUCUCCAUUUUAGAUUUCAUAAUAUAUGUGUAACAGAUAAUUAUAUCUGUCCUUGUCUUUGUCUGUGCUCCUGUACACAUUUAAAACAUGUUAAAUGUGUAAAUACCCAUCAUUUGAGCAAUAAAUGACGCGGGACCCA